GUGCGUACUGUUCUGUACCUUCCGUACAUUCGUACAGUACGUGCAGUCCGUACUGCUUGUGCUGUUCGUUUUGUACGCAGGGUUGCUCUACGAGGAGAGAGCGAGAAGUUGCCCAAGCGCGUCUGUUUAUUUUCUGGACUGCAAUUAUUUUCAAUAUUUGUUUGUUGUCGAAGAGAGGGCUGUUUGUUACCCGUUUAGGAAAUAUAGUUAUCGGAACAGCAGGAGUCAUGAUGAUGGUGUUUUCUCUUUGGAUGUUGAGAGAUUGGAAAAAUCAUCACCAUCCAUCUCCUCCCUCUCUUCCUCCUCCUGUUUCUUUCGACGCUGCAAGAGAGGUUAGGGAUUUUACUACUCCCAUUUAUUUUGGGCGAUCUGAUUCUUUGACGAGUCCGGCAGACGGCGCACAAAGGCGGCGAUCGGGCGGCUCUGGGACCAAAGGAUGGCACUCCGGCGACAAAGGCGGCGGUGAAGUGUCAGACAGGUCGUCGUCUGCUGUCACAAAAUGGAGUGUUGUGAACGUGGGUGGUGUGCUUCUUCCCAUUAAAGGCAUAAUAAAUCGAGGCGCUGUCUCCACCUCCUCCUCUUCCUCCUCUUCCUCCUCUUUCACUUCGUCAUCUUCUAAAUCGGCCGGGAUCGGGAUCGGAGUGUCUCCCUAUCAACGUAUAGACUGGCGGAUUCCAGACAUUCCGAAGCCAGACUUCGACAAACUUCCAGCUACCUGGUUCAUUUUUACAUUUCUUGCACUUGGAGUCUUCACGUUUGUGGUGUCAUUUGUCGGCCUGAUUGCCACGGACUGCCAAAACGACUGCUGCUUGUGUCUCUACAUAUUUGGUUUGGUGCUUCUGGUGGCUGGCCAUGGAAUGCUGGUGGCAGCUGUUAUCACAGACAAACACUUGGAUAAGGACAUUCCAAAGGACCCGACGGGGGAGGUGGAAAAAGCGAAGGAAUAUGUUCUUAAUCAUAAGAAGAUCUGUAUGAUCCUGAUGGGUGUUGUCCUUGGUGCUGAGAUGCUCACGCUCAUUUUUUCGAUCAUACUUAAGACAGCCUGUGGAGGGAGGAGAAGGUACCGAAGGGGGUCGUCAAGGGCGCUACAGGCACCACUACUUCCAGAAACGGACGCAGACAUUGUAGGCAAUACCUUGGGGCCAGCUGCAGCUGGACAGUCAGCUGGGGUCGCCACCCGUGCGCUGGAUUAUGCCGUCGAACCAGAGUACGAGUAUCUUCCCCAAGCAGGCGAAGUCAACAAGACAGAGGCUGUCCCCCAUCGUGUCACACCUGGGUAUGACUCACUCGCGGGGAAGACGAUGCAAGAUGUAGUUUCCAUUUCUCGGCAAUCAACGUCAUCAGGAUCGCCGCGGAUGCUGCCAACCGACGGGGUGGUGCUGGUCACUCGUCGUUCUCCUAGACUUGUUCGGGAUGCGAUCUGGGUUCUGAACAACCAUGAUGUUCCAGUACGGGUUUGUCUUCACAACAAGAAACACGAGUAUUGCUUCCACAAGGAGGAGAUCAACCCUGGAUGCGCACGGCCGAUGUCCUGUUCGGCGUUGCGGAGCAUCAAACUCUACGUUCACUUGAUGACGACCAACAAGCAACGGCACAAUCUCCCGGUGUAUGGGGUCAUUCUCAGCAGCUUCAACAACAGCAUGAGGCCUGGCGCGAGUGCGAACUCCAUCAUGGUCUCGCUUUCACAUAUCACGAAAUGGGAUGCGUUUACCGCAGAUUCAAGAUUCCAGUACCAUUACUCCUUCCCCGGAGGCUUCAAGCCAACAGUUGAGGCAGUCGAAGAUCCAUACGCUGGCGAAUGCCGGAUAUUACACGGGACGAUGGGUGAGACGCAGAGUCAGCAGGAUGCAACGGACAGUCAGGAAGACAUGUUCGAGAACGAGAUCCUGACCGCGGUUGAGGAUAUCUCAUCACCUUCACAGACAGGAGGAGAUUUCUCUUCCUCAAUGGAAGUAUCGCGACCGGCGGAUCAGAGCCAGUGGAACACAAACACGGGGAAAAGUUUUACGUCAACUACGAGCGGGAUCGUAAAUAGUACCUUUUCUCAAGCUCGGUGAGCGUCGGCGUGAAAGAACCGGUCAGUGUUCUCUUCUUACAGAAUGGUCUUUAACAACGAACGCCUGUCGACCGAGCUAUCUAUCUAUCUAUCUAUCUGUUGAGCACACGGAGCAUUGCCAAAUGUGCGUACUCCAUUUCUCAAUAUCUAUUUACACCAUCAUCUCUUUGUCUUUGCAUUUAUACCCGGGACAUCGUUAGGUCUGUUCUCUCGAUGUUUAACAACUUAACGAUGUAUCUGAGUAUAAAUGCAACCGGAUACAUCGUUAAGUUGGUUUCAGCUGGUCUCAGACUCUCCUUAGACUUGUUCUCAGAUGGUUUCAGACUGGACUCAGACUGGUUUGAGACUGUUCUCAGAUGUUGUCAGACGUAUUCUUACACCGUUCUCAGUCGGACUUUUAUAGACUUUUCCCAGAGUCAUGGUUAUCACACAUCGGUUGUUCUCAGAGUUUCUCAGUUCUGAGGCUUGUCUUCGGCUGUUUUCAGAUUGACUCUGUACUGAGACUUUCUAUUCCCUCGAUGCUUUCCGAAUGGAAGGUUCUUGCAAGAGUGAGUGGGAAUGGAUUACUAGAAGGCAGGAUCUCCGACAGACUUCAACCUUUUGCACGACGCGUAGACGAUUUGGGAACCCGGGCAAAUACCAGGAUCAUCGAGUUUCUGGCCAUGAUGCAAUCGACUGCAGGGGCGCCACGUUUCAUAUAUCGUCUAGGGAAAGUGAUUUGGGAGCGUGAGUGUCAUUGUUUUGUUUGUCGCUACGCCGUGACACGUGCUGUGUCCCUCUGACAGACUCUUCAGACCGGUAAGGAAACGUGAUUUGGGAGAGCGAGUGGCGUUGCCGCUGCGCCGUGGCUCAUGCUGUGUCUCUCUGGCAGAUUCUUCAGAGCUGUAAACGUGGCGGGGAAUCUCUGUGGGUUGCGCUAGAAAUAUGGCGUAAUGGCGGUUGAAGCACGCAGCCCCUUGCCUCAAUAGGAGGCAAGCAUGCGAGUUAUCAGCGAGACGGGUCGGAUAGAGAUGUGGGAAGAAAGACAGUGAAAGGAAUAUAAGCAGGAGGAUGACGAAGGAGGAAGGAGAAGGUGUCAAGAAGUAUCAGGAGAAGAAGGAGAUGGUGUGGAGACUCCUCAGACAAAGCAUAGGUGGAUGUUGGGUAGAAGUUCAUAUAAAGCUUCAGAGUUAAAAACUGGGAAUGGAUAAAGUGUAUGUAGAUAG